AUGUAAAAAUAAUCUGAAAUAUNAGAAAUUAAUUCUUAUGUAAAUUUUAAAGUUCAUCAAGAAUAAAAUACUCAUCUUAAAUAUCCAAGAUUUUUUUAAAUAAAAACAUCGAAUGAAUAAGACAAAGAGAUUCAAGAAGAAUUUAUAAGAACAUGUAGAAAUAAAGAAUCCAGAAACAAAAAUUUUAAAAGUAGAAAUCAAUUGAUAAAAUAAAAAAUGGAUUCCAUGAUUGAACAGUAGAAGAGAAAACUUGGACCGAAAUUAAGUCAUCCUAAAUUCAAUAGUUUAUUUGAAAUCUUUCUAAAGUCCCAUAAAGGUUUAAAAGACAAUUAAAGAUAAAACAGCCCAUCCUUAUUAGAAACUCCAACAAGAUAAUUCGGAAGUAGUAGUCACUUUUAUCAUAAUGAUGAUCUUACAUAAAAUCCGUUUAUUACAAUUAGAAGUAGUAGUCCUUAAAUGAUGAAUAAAGGAAAACAAUUUAUAACUCUAAAAGUAUCUAAUAGUCAGAAAACAAUUGUGAAACCGAAUUUAAAUCAUAAUAUUAAAUUCUAAUUUCAAGAGUACUUGAAUUCAAAGCAUUUAUACACUCAAAAAAGUGGUAUAUCAUUAAGCCCAAAAGUAAUGAAGCUUAAAGUGUAUAAAAAUUGA